ACACCACGGAAUGAUCCACUUCUACUCCAUCAUGGAUCGUGGAAUGACCCCGUCCUGGCUUUUCGUAUGACAAGCCAUGCCAUGGAUGGACAAACUUUUUCUUAAUUCUCGCCUCUCCUCACAUGGAUCCAGAUGGCUAAUAUGAGUCUCCACGUCCCGUCCGACGUCGGGCUAAAGGGGAGUCAUGUACUGUGGCCCUACAAAGACAGCCGAGUCCCUCUUUACUCACACCUUCACAUCCCCUCAAACUCAUCCUCUCCGAACCUCUAACGAGUUCACCACGUAAACAGUCUGUGUGACAAUGGGAGACUAAGCUACACUCAUAAAAAAACAAUGACCUCCUCCAUCACCCCCGCGGCCUCCACCGCCAGCAAAAACAAGGACAAGCCCCAAGGCCCUCAAGACAACAACAUCCUCUCCUCCCCCAUCGCCCAAGAUGACGAUUCCACCAGCGAGAAAAUGAUCGGCGAAGUGACCGAAUUCGAGAAGCGCAAGAUCCUCGACGGAAAGGCAAAGUUCAGCCGCCUCGGCUGGAAGCGCCUCACCAUUGUUCUCAUCGUCCAGGCCAUCGCGCUCGGCUCCCUCUCCAUCCCUGGUGCUUUUGCAACGCUGGGCAUGGUCGCUGGCGUUAUCUGCUCAAUUGGUAUUGGCCUCAUUGCUAUUUACACGUCGUAUAUUGUUGGCCAGGUCAAGGUUAGGUAUCCGCAUGUUGAGCACUAUCCUGCUGCUGGAGGACUUAUGUUUGGACGGUGGGGUGCUGAGGCUUUUGGUGUGAUGGUCACGCUUCAGUUGUUGCUCCUCACAGCGUCGCAUUGCUUGACAGGGACUAUCGCCUUUGCUACUUUGACUGAGAGCAACGUCUGCAGUCUUGUCUGGGGUGUCAUUUCUGCUGUCCUGCUGCUGCUUCUUGCUGUGCCUCCUAGUUUUGCAGAGGUGGCUAUUCUGGGCUAUAUCGACUUCGCAUCGAUCAUCGCAGCUAUUGGAGUCACUAUCAUCGCAACUGGUAUUCGAGCUUCUGAUGCACCCGAACCGGCCAAUUGGUCUGCCUGGCCCAAGCCUGAUGUCACAUUUGCUCAGGCCUUUAUUGCGCUUUGCAACAUCUUCUUCGCCUACAGCUUCUCCAUCUCACAGUUCAGCUUCAUGGAUGAAAUGCAUACGCCUACCGACUAUAUGAAGGCUAUUUGGACACUCGGCGGUAUUGAAAUUGUUAUCUAUACCCUCACCGGCGCUCUCAUCUACUCCUUUGUUGGUGUCGAUGUCAAGUCUCCAGCUCUGCUAUCUGCAGGCCAUACCGUUGCUAAGGUUGCCUUUGGCGUCGCCUUACCGGUUAUCUUCAUCAGUGGCUCGAUUAACACGACUGUCGCCGUACGCUACAUCCACGGUCGCAUCUAUGAGAAUUCAAUCGCGAAGUAUAUCAAUACCCCCAAGGGCUGGAUCUCUUGGCUUCUUCUCAUCAGCAUCUUCACCUGGGUUGGUUUUGUCAUCGCAGAGGCUAUUCCAUUCUUCAGCGACUUGAUUGCCAUCACAUCUAGUUUGCUGAACUCGGGCUUCACCCUGUACUGGCCUGCAGUGAUGUGGUUCAUGCUUCUGAGGGAAGGAAAGUGGUACAGCAAGAAGAACAUUCUUUCAAGCGUUGUCAAUGCCAUCAUCUUCAUCAUGGGCCUUGUCUUCUUGGUUGCCGGAACCUACUCAGCUGUUGUCGAUAUUAUCGAUCAGUAUGAUCACGGAACUGUCAAGAACGCUUUCACCUGUGCUCCUCUUGGCUAGGAGGUCACAAACGUGGUGAGUGGUCGGACACAGACGGUGACGGGGUUGAGUCCAGUUACCGAACUUUGGGAUAUCACAUGUCACACAUAUCUCCAUAUCCCACAUAAUACAGCACCAAAACACCAU